AUGAGGCUCCAGCUCUACCCUGCUGCGCUUCUCGCCACUGCAACGACCGUCCUGGCAGCCCCCUCCAACCGCACCUGCAAACUAACCCCUCACGAUGCAUCCUGGCCGUCUGUGUCCGAAUGGAACGGCCUCAACGCCACAAUUGGCGGCACCCUGCUGCAAACGACCCCCGCUGCUUCCUCCUGCUACACCGGGAACCCAUUUGGUGCAUCUACAAAUUGCACCGAUGUAACGGACCACUGGUCCUACGCUGCCUACCACGCGUCCUGGCCCGAGAGCAUCGACUACUCCAUCUUUACGAACCAUUCGUGUCUCCCGCCUGGCGUGGACGGGUAUACCAAGGAGCGUGGGUGCAGUAUUGGUGCGCACCCGGUGUACAUCGUCAACGCGACCAGCGAAAAGCAGAUUAGUACCGCGAUGCACUGGGCGAAUGAGCGGGAUGUUCGAAUUGUCAUUAAGGGGACGGGCCAUGAUAUGAGUGGACGGUCAACCGGUGCAUACGCCCUCUCCAUCUGGACACAUAACCUAAACCACUUCGCUCACGAUGCCCGCUGGCCCGUUCCUGGGACGAAUAAAACAAUCGACGUUGCGAUUCUCGGCGCCGGAAAUACCUGGGGCUCUGCGUAUACCGCUGUCCAUGCCAUCAACAGGACUCUUGUCGGCGGCGAAGACGCGACCGUUGGACUGGGUGGUCUUAUCCAGAAUGGUGGACACGGGCUGCUUUCGAGUACGCAUGGUCUUGCUUCGGAUAGUCUGUACCAAGUCACCAUCAUCACGCCUGACGGGCGUCGACUGGUCGCGAACGAUGUGCAGAAUACAGACCUCUUCUGGGCGGUCCGUGGUGCAGGGGGUGGACAAUUCGGCGUGGUUACGGAGUUUGUUAUCGCGACACACCCCGUCCCUGAAAGCGUUGUGACGGGUGGUCUUACAUUCUCCGCCGCCGCUGCAGGAACCAGCUCAAAUGCAAAUGUAAACGCCUCCUGGGCCGCGCUCGUCGAGACCGCUCGUCUAAUCCCGGACAUCAUGGAUGCCGGGCUCACGGGGACAAUCAUGGCAACGACGGAGUCAGGCCCGUCGGACGGCGUAAGCGGGAUCAUCAACCUGACGGGCUUCAACAUGACCAUUGCGUCGAUGAACGCCACGGUCGCCGAGCUCUCAACGCGCCUCCGGACUGCCUCUGGCGCUCAUGGCGAUCUCACCAUCGCCCUCCAAUCCCCCUCCUCGAAACCAUACUGGGCCUCCACAAAACCAGCCCCCCUCGCCAGUAGAUCCUGCGGCGCAGGCAGCAUGAUCUCCAGCCGUCUCCUCGGCCGCCGCGAACUGCUCGACAUCCCGCCCCCCAAACUCACAUCGUACCUGGAGCGAAUCCUCACACCGGCUACGCAAGGCAGCAGCUCAAUGGCCCUCUUCGGCCUGCAGGGCGGACGGGGCACCGCAUCGACACCCGAAGAAAGACGCGGAAGCACCCACCCCGCCUGGCGCCGCGCAUACGCGCACUUGAUGACCUACGGGGCUCCCGUGAAUGCCACCGCUGAUGCGGAGAGCGCUUUGAGGACGGGAGCGGAUUGGUAUGAGGAACACAUUGAGAGUGUUUGGAGGGAGUGGACGGGUGCGGACGGCGGGAGCUAUGCGAAUGAGGGGAAUGUGUUUAGUGGGACGUGGAAGAGGGACUUUUAUGGGCCUGCACAGAAUUAUGAGAGGCUUUUAGGGGUUAAGGGGGAGGUUGAUCCGUUAGGGAGCUUGUUUGUAUGGGGCGGUGUUGGGAGUGACAGUUGGGAGUAUGGGUUAAGGGAUGGGCUGCUUUGUCGGGUUUGA